GAAGAGUUGGCGAAUCUGAAUAUGCAAAAGUAUCGUCAAAUUCAACAUCAACUCGAAGAUGCCGAAGAGCGUGCCGACAGCGCCGAGAGUUCAGUGGCCAAGAUGCGUGCCAAGAGCCGUGCAACGAUGUCUGCAGCACCAGGUGGUUUAACCGUCUCACAGUCGACGUCAGGUGUUGCACGUUCUGCUUCGACACGACCACGCACAACAAGUUUUGCUGAUUAUUAG